GUUCAGUUGGCCACACGAGGUCGAAAAGAAGAAGACUCCAGGCUGAGUAGACUGCACUUUAUAAACAAGAAAAUAAGAUGUUAUUACGAAGGGUCUUACAGUGUGGAAAGUCUGCACUGAAGGGCAGCCGGUCAGUCCACCAGAGCUCUCCAUGGAGGAACCCUCUGAUCCCUAUAGUGGUCGAGCAGACGGGCCGAGGAGAGCGAGCCUAUGAUAUUUACUCUCGUCUUCUGAGGGAGAGAAUCAUCUGUGUAAUGGGUCCAAUCGAUGACUCUGUGGCGAGCCUAGUGAUCGCGCAGCUACUUUUCCUUCAGUCAGAGAGCAACAACAAACCCAUUCACAUGUACAUCAACAGUCCAGGUGGUGUAGUUACAGCAGGGCUGGCGAUCUACGACACUAUGCAGUAUAUCCUUAACCCUAUCUCCACGUGGUGUGUGGGUCAGGCAGCCAGUAUGGGCAGUCUGCUGUUGGCUGCAGGCACCGCUGGCAUGAGACACUCACUGCCCAACGCUCGCAUCAUGGUGCACCAGCCCUCAGGGGGAGCCAGGGGUCAGGCGACAGACAUCGCCAUCCAGGCUGAGGAGAUUCUUAAACUGAAGAGACAGAUUAACAACAUCUACUGUAAACACACAGGACAGCCUCUGGAAACCAUAGAGAGCGUGAUGGAGCGAGACAGAUACAUGAGCCCAAUGGAAGCGCAGGACUUUGGCAUUAUUGACAAGGUCCUGGUUCACCCACCUCAAGCAGGGCAGGAUGAGCCUCAGUUGGUUCAGAAAGAUCCGGAAGCUUCUGCCAGCCCCACCGCUCAAACAGUAGCUUCUGAACCAGCCCAGACUGGAGCCAGCCCCCUAUCAUCUCAUAAACCUGAACCCUGAGAUGUAACUGGAGCUGGUACUGCGACUAUGAAAGGACGUCUGAGAUGAAGAGUUUCUGUUUUUUGUUUGCUAUGUAACUUCUUAUGUACCGUGUUAUGUUUCCAUUUAUUUGGUCCACCUACCUUGUACUUAUUCAUUGGCUAUUAUUUUGGAAACACAUACUAUGUACCUACAUUUUCUAGGUUUAGUUUCAGCCCCCCCCUCUGUCUCUGACCACAGGACCCAUGUUGACGAUGUUAUUUGGGUUAUGGACCAUUUGCUGCACAGUAGUGUCACUGCUACGUUGGGAUUGGUCCACUUCCAAAAAAAUGUCCAUCCAGGAGCUCUGUGGUUGCAAACUGACCAUUGAUGACAAUCCAUUUUCCAGUCCUGGAUCCUUUAUUCACUGUUAAUAUAACUGACCACCUACUGUUUACAAAUCCAGUGAUUUAAAAAAUCCAGGUUGGGAAACUUCAAAUAAACUGUUGGGCUUUUGUCUGUAAUUGUAAACUUAUAAACUGCGUCCAUGUGGUAGGUGUUUCUGAUAAAAUGGCCAAGUGCACGGUAGGUGUUUUUAAUAAACUGGACACUCGGUCCACCCAAAUCUGAGCCUUUUUUGGAGUCUCUCAUAGAGCAGGUCUGGUCUUGGUAAAGUGAGGUCAAAACAUUAUGGACUCUUACAGGAACGUAGAACUUUGUCGAAUUUUCGUAUACAUGUUCUACAAACCCUUCAGAUUUUAAUAAUCAGUAUAAUGGAAUAAAACCUUGAUGUAUA